CUGCCUCGACAUCUGUACGUCAAACAUCCAUCCGGCGGCCGAUCCCGGCCGUCGUCGCCACCGAACUGGCAACCGGAAUUCCAACGCGCUCUCCCGCGGGCCCCGCUCGCCAGCGACACACGCGCCGAGCACUCCCGCAGGCUGCAAGGCCAGCACCUCCUCCAUUUAAGACCAGCUCAAGCUCAGCGUUCAGCGAGGCUCCAAGCUCCCGCAACAUCUCCACACAAGCCCGAGCCCCGAGAGAGGUAGAGCAGAGCAGGGGAGAGUAGUAGUCGGCGGCGCGCGGUGGACAUGGCGGGCUUCAAGGUGACGCGGAUCUCGGAGGGCCCGGUGAAGCCGGCGACGGCGACCCCGGAGGAGACGCUGCCGCUGGCGUGGGUGGACCGGUACCCGACCCACCGGGGCCUGGUGGAGUCGAUGCACAUCUUCCGGUCGGGCGCGGACGCGGCCCCCGGCAUGAUCCGGGAGGCGCUGGGCAAGGCGCUGGCCUUCUUCUACCCGCUGGCGGGGCGCAUCGUGGAGGGCGCGGAGCCGGGGUGCCCCGCCAUCCGCUGCACCGCCGACGGCGUCUACUUCGCGGAGGCCGAGGCGGACUGCAGCCUCGAGGACGUGCGGUUCCUGGAGCGCCCGCUGCUGCUGCCCAAGGAGGACCUCGUCCCCUACCCCGGCGACGACCGCUGGGGCGUCGAGCCGCACAACACCAUCAUGAUGAUGCAGAUCACCAAGUUCACCUGCGGCGGGUUCGUGAUGGGGCUCCGGUUCAACCACGCGUCGGCGGACGGCAUGGGCGCCGCGCAGUUCAUCAACGCCGUCGGCGACAUGGCGCGGGGGCUCGCGGAGCCCAAGGUGAAGCCCGUCUGGGACAGGGAGAAGUUCCCCAACCCCAAGAUCAAGCCCGGCCCGCUCCCGGAGCUCCCCGUGCUGGCGCUGGACUACAUCGUCCUCGACUUCCCCACCGGCUACAUCGACGGCCUCAAGAAGCAGUACAAGGAGCACAGCGGCAAGUUCUGCUCGGGCUUCGACGUGCUCACGGCCAAGCUCUGGCAGUGCCGCACCCGCGCUCUGAACCUGGAGCCCAACGCCGAGGUCAAGCUCUGCUUCUUCGCCAGCGUCCGGCACCUGCUCAAGCUCGACAGGGGAUACUACGGCAACUCCAUCUUCCCGGUGAAGAUGUCCGCGCCGGCUGAGAAGGUGCUCGGCUCGUCCAUCAUGGAGGUCGUGGACAUGAUCCGGCAGGCCAAGGACAGGAUGGCCGUGGAGUUCUUCCAGUUCGCCAAGGAGGAGACCGACCAGGACCCGUUCCAGAUGACCUUCAACUACGAGUCCAUCUACGUGUCAGACUGGAGCAAGCUCGGGUUCUCGGAGGUGGACUACGGCUUCGGGCCGCCAGUGUUCGCCGGCCCGCUGGUGAACAACGACUUCAUCGCCUCCGUCGUCAUCCUUAAGGCGCCGCUGCCGCUCGACGGCACGCGGAUGCUCGCCAGCUGCGUCACCAAGGAGCAUUCCGAAGAGUUCGUUCGUGGCAUGAAGGCAGACCUGCCAUGAAUUUCUUUCCUUUUAUAGCUGAAAUGGCAAAACUCAACUGCAGGGAGAUGAAUGGUCACGCAAAAGAUGCCUCUGUUUGGUUAAUGCUGUUGUUACUUUUGGUUGUAUUUAUUUAUCAUAUUGUCUUGGUUAAUACUACUUUAGACAGCAAAUUCGAUCAUUUGUACCAUUUGAUAUGAGACAAUAAAAGGUUAUACUGUCAAUUUGAUUA